UAAUAAUAUUUUAAUCCACUAAUAAUUGUGAAAAAUAAAAUAAAAUUCAAAAUUAAUCCACUAAUAAAAAGACACUUAGGGUUUAUGUUUAUCUCCCCUUUCUCGUUACAUCCACUCUCAUCUCCUUCUCUCGUCCCUCAACUCUAAGCAAUGGAGUCACCGCCGGAAUCAGUCGCACCACCGCCACCACCACCGAAAUCAGCCGCACCAUGUUGGGCGAACAUAGUGAAGCAAACACCAGAACCAACCCCACCAUUACAACCUCAAACACCCACACAACUCUUCGAAACCUGCAAAUCAAACAAAGGCAUAGCAGUUGCCAUUGUUGAUGCCAACGCCAUCAUUCAAGGAGGAGAGAGACUCCCUUCUUUGGCUGACAAAUUUGUGUCUGUUUCUGAAGUUAUCAAUGAAAUUCGUGACCCCACUUCUCGUCAUCGUCUUUCUUUUUUGCCUUUUACUGUUGAUACCUUGGAACCCUCCCCUGAAUCUCUCAAAAAAGUUGUCAGCUUUGCUAGAGCAACUGGUGAUUUGCAGACUCUCUCUGAUGUUGAUCUUAAGCUCAUUGCUCUAACUUACACAUUGGAGGCUCAAAUUCAUGGUACUAGUCAUCUUAGAGACAGCCCUCCCCCUAUUCAUGUUUUGAACGUACGGAGAUUGCCUGAGAAGGACUUGCCUGGUUGGGGUUCCAAUGUUCCUAAUCUUGAGGAGUGGGAAGCAUUGGAAGGUGCAACAGACAGUGGUCCAGAUCCUUAUUCUAAAAUUCUCCCAUUGAAGGAUAUAACGUUAAAUAUCCCUGUUGAGGAUCAAAUGAGUUUGAAAGAUGGCUCUGUUGGAAACGGUAGUGAAGAUCAAGAUGGUGCUGGCCUGACUGCAAGGAGACACAGAAGAUACCCGCCCAAAAAGAGGGAGGUAAAAAUUGAUGGGAAAAAAAUGGUGGCUGAUGGGAUUGAUGCAUCUCAAGGACAACAUGAUGAUGAUGAUGGUGAUUGGCGUCCUGCUGUCAGUCGAGGCACCCAUAGAAGGUUCCUCAGAAGAAAGGCUCGACGUGAUAUGUACGAGGUAUCUUUUAAAGAUGAUGAGCAGCAGGAAGUCAAUAAAAAUACUGAAGAGGAAGAUGAUAAUAAGGACACUCGUGGGACAAAUGGUACUGAUGAUAUUUCAUCAAUUUUGGAACAGAUGGGACUUGAAGAAGAUGCUUUGGAAACUCAUGAAGAACAGAAUGAGCAAAUUGAUUCUCAUAUGGAAGUUCAAUCGGUAGAUGGUCACUCAGUAAAUGCUCAUUCCGGGGGUGAAGUGGAUGACAAUGAAAUAUUAGACCAUGUGGAGAAUGGAAGUGUUGAUACCUCAUAUGCAGAGGAUGAUGGAAGUGAACAGAGUUGGAUGCUUAGGUCUUUAUCUGAUUCAAGUGUUGCUUGUAUCACUGGAGACUUUGCUAUGCAAAAUGUUAUUCUUCAGAUGGGUUUACGUUUGCUAGCCCCUGGAGGAAUGCAGAUACGUGAGUUGCACAGGUGGGUACUAAAAUGUCAUGCCUGCCAGCAUGUAACCGCUGAAGUUGGUCGAAUCUUCUGUCCAAAGUGUGGCAAUGGUGGUACCUUAAAGAAAGUGGCUGUUACAGUAGGCGAGAAUGGGGUUGUGCUACAAGCUCGAAGGCAUCGUUACUCCUUGCGUGGCACAAAGUUUUCACUCCCUUUGCCCCAAGGAGGAAGAGAUUCCAUGACUAAGAAUCCCAUAUUACGGGAAGAUCAGAUCCCACAGAAGUUCUUAUACCCCAGGACAAAGAAAAAGUCUAAGGAUGAUGAUAUAUUUGCUGGGGAUAGCGUCUUUGGUCAUCAGACUCAUCACACUGAUAAGAAAGCUUAUAACAGGCCUCCUGUGAGACAAGCAUUGGCAGUGUUCAGCGGUAAAAGAAAUCCCAAUGACAACCAUUUCUCUCGUGCAAAGCAUUGAGGCAAUUUUGCCUGGAAAUUUUGGUAGCUGUUUAGAUGUUGCAUUUUUAAAAAAAUUAUUGUGAUUCGGUUUCUAAAUUAUCCUCCAUGCAUUCACUGACUUUGUAUUGAACAAAAAAUUGAAUAUUUACGUAUAUGUUAAUCAUUCUUGUUAAGAAUGAUGCGCGGAAUAUGUUUUAUUAUGGCUUCA